ACUCGAUCUGCAAACUACUUGGGAGUCAUAAGCUCGCACUUCAUAAAUUUCGGCCACGUUGAUAUUCGAAAAGAAACCCGUCGAGAUGAUUAGAUGAUUGUUUGUAUCAUGCGAUAACUGAUAUUCAAAUCUCGAAUGAAACCUGACGGUCGGUUACAAUUUACGGAUGCUUCCUGGUUAAAUAGACUCAACGUUUACCCAACCGGACUUGUCGUGGUCGGCAGAAAAUCGAAAUGCCCAGAAGGGUUCUUCGGCGCUUAUAGUAUCUAUCUUACUAUCUUUCUUUCUGAUUUAUAUCGUCUACGCCAUGGAUGAGAUGUGAUCCAUCUCGGCUUUGACUUAUUUAUAUACGAAUAUCUUCCAACCAUCACGAUAACGGUAUAUAUCAUCGAAUAGGGACUGUCAGUUCCAUAAUGUCCGCACCCUCAGAGUCGACGCAAGGAACAAUACAGGCUGGAUCUCAAUCCCAGAGCCAAACUGAACCUCAGUCUCUGCCAUCUCAAACGAAAUCCGACCCCCAAUCAAGACUGGAUCUCAAAUCUCUACCUCUCGUCUUUGUCCUCCCGACGCAUCUAUCUCUCGACGCUCUCCACUCGGUCGAGGACCAUCUGGUGCGCGGCGCUGCUCAUCUAACGUAUGACGUCUCCGAGGCGGGCCUGGUCCUCGGACGACUGAGUCAUAAGAAGAGGGCUGCGUUGGAGCUGAGGGCUAGAGGGGUGUGGACUGAAGAGGUCCUGGAUUCUGAUCUGGCUGGUGGGAGGGGGCGUGGGGAUGAGCCACCGUCCAAAAAGGCGAGGGUAUCUACGGGGAAUGAGCCAAAUGGGCUAGCUCUGGAAGGUAAGGGCUCUUAUUUGACAGGGCCUGCGAAAGAGGUGGUUGAACUGGACACCGAGACGGAAAGUGAGGAAGAUGGCAUGGAAGGACAUCGGGUCGAGAAGCAUUUGAAGAGACCGCAGUCCGAGUCCGUUUCUUCAGGCGCGACGAGGAAGGAAGAUUUCAUUCUAGUCGUGAAACUAGACUGGCUCGAUCGAUGUCUCACUUCGGAUUCCCUCCUUCCUAUGGAUCCAUAUCUGAUAUACCGAGCUCGCAAGAUUGCUCGUCCUGCGACAUCGCCAUCUACCAAAUCAACUAGCAUCAUCCAACGAGCAAGACAGGAUGUCUCUGCACUACCUUCUCAUCCACCUAAACUCCAUCGCACCACCACCUCCGAAGCUGAAGAAGACAAAACCAACCUCCCACCACCUCCCGACUGGGUGCGCAACCGCCUACCCUAUGCCUGCCAACGCCAUGCCCCCCUACACCCUCCCAACGAAGGCUUCAUCCACCAACUGCUCAAGAUCCGCCAGAUCCGCCAACUCACGCUCGACGAGAUUGCCGUGCGCGCAUAUAGCACAUCCAUCGCCGCCAUCGCCGCCUACCCCUACAAGUUGCGGCGCGCCUCCGAGAUCCUAUCCCUGCCCGGCUGCGAUGCCAAAACCGCCCACCUCUUCUCCGAAUAUCAGUCCAGCGCGUCCGGCUCCCUCGCCGCCGCCUCCCAACUCGACACCGACGCCACCCUGCGCACCCUCCACACCUUCACCCAGAUCUGGGGCGUCGGCGCCAAAACCGCCCGCGACUUCUACUACUCCCGCCACUGGCGCGAUCUCGACGACAUCAUCCUCCACGGCUGGUCCGGGCUCUCUCGCGUCCAGCAAAUUGGCGUCAAAUACUACGACGAGUUCCUCCUCGGGAUAUCCCGCCCCCAAGUUGAAUCCAUCGCCUCCACUGUCCACCGACACGCGAACCUCGUCCGUCCGGACGAUGGAGAAGGAGAAAUCGAAUGCAUCAUCGUCGGCGGAUACCGUCGCGGCAAAGACCGCUGCGGCGACGUCGACCUCAUCCUCACGCACCGCGACGACGCCAUCACACAUAACCUCGUCGUCGACGUCCUCGCCUCCCUCGAAGCAUCCCACUACAUCACCCACACCCUGCACUUGAACCUCUCGACUUCUGACCGCGAUCAGCAGACCCUCCCGUACCGGGGCGACGCCAUCGACGGAUCACGACACUUCGAUACCCUCGAUAAAGCCCUCGUAGUGUGGCAGGAUCCAAUCCCACCCAGCACGGACUCAGACGCCCACCCUCCCCCUCAAAGCAAAGGCAAGAAUAAAAACACAAACCCCCACCAAAGAGUCGACAUCAUCGUCUCCCCCUGGCGCAGCAUCGGAUGCGCCGUGCUCGGCUGGACCGGCGACACGACCUUCGAGCGGGACCUGCGCCGGCUCGCGAAGAAGGAGCAUAACUGGAAAUUUGACUCCAGUGGGGUCCGCGAGCGUGAUGGCAAAGGGAGAGUACUGGAUCUUGAGGCGAGGGGGAAGACGUGGGAGGAGCGAGAGAGGUUGGUUUUUGAGGCGAUUGUGGGGAGGGGGAGUAACCGUUGGACUUUGUUGGUCAUGGCAUGA